UUAUUGAAAUGAAAGCAAAGGAAAAAAAAAACAUUCAACCAAUUUAUUCAAAAGAUUGACAUAUCCUUCAGCCUCGAAUCGCAUGUCAUCUUGUUCUGUCUGUUUUCGCUCAUUUUAAAUCUCUAGAUGUUGUGCAAUUCACUCUAGUUGUUGUCGCUCGAAUUUGUUCCCAACUCCUUCACCAUAUCCUACCUAGUUUUGUUUGUUCCAACCUUGAAAUGUCGCGUUAUUUCUUCCAACUGUUGUCGCUUGCUUCCGUACUCGAUGUCGUCGCUUGAUCCCAUGGCAGACCAUUUGUGUGAAAUUUCAUGAUUUUUUUCAUCUUUUCUUCUAGGGACAUGAAUCUCCUUUCCUUUCUCCCCUCCAUAGACAAAAGUCAUUCUUCCUUGGACGAGAAACACUCCAUUUCCGAUCUUAUUUGACUCACUUAUCUCUCUAAUUUUUCCCAGGAUGAUUUUCAAUCACGGAAUCGAAACUCCUUUAUGUUGCAAUCCCGCUGUUCCCCGAUUCUCAACUGUAUGCGAGCUCGUAAGUCACGAUCCUGUCCUUGGCUUCCUAGAUCGCCUAAAUCUUGACUUUAUUGCGAGAUUCACCUGUAUGCCCCAACUACAGUCAAGACUGUAUCGCGUGAUUCAGUCACACUGUAUGUCACUAUUCUGUUGUUGCUUUGUAGCUAAUCACUACCCUACUGUAGGCUUCAUUCACGAAGAGCACUGUACGCAUCGAUCCCAAUUGGGAGGUGUCCCUACUCAUGAUUCUACAAAUCUAUGCUCCGCAAUCGUUGUAGGCAUCCCAACUCGUUAAAAAUUGUGAAUGUUUCAUGAGGUUUGAUUACGCUGCAAUCCCAUCGACUUCACAGCUAGCUCAAAUCGCAUAUAUUAUGUGGAACGCCUCGAUCUUUUCUUUGUUUCAAAGAAUCAAAUGCUCUGAUGCUAAUUUGACACGAACUGGGAGACUUUUCCACAUUAAUUAAGGCAAAUAAAUAUUUUUUUCAUAAAGAUAAAUCAACACAACCUGAAUAUAUAGAGAUAAGCAUAUACAAUUCGAGAGGUAACAAUCUCUCGCAAAUCCCAACCCUAACACCUACAAUUCGAGAGGUAGGUGAUUUCUCCCAAAUCUUAAUCCUAAGUCGCGAGACAAAAAUCUCAUCAUGUCUUAACCCUAAAACAUUAAGCCCUAUUUAUACCCACAAUAAUAACUAACAAAUAACUAACUUAUCCUUUUAGUCUUGAGCCUAAAAUAAUUCUUCAAAUUAUUUGGUGGGCUUGGCGACGGUGUAAUAUAAUCAAACGCAAAUAAAAUAAAAUAAAAACAAAAAAUAGAAAAUAAAAAACAAAAAUGAUCCCAAAUGGUAAGAAAUCAUGACUCUUAUGGUGUAUUUCUUUGUUCUUUUGGAAGUCUGCCUAAAUUACUCGCAGGUUAUGCACUUAAAAGGAUUCUGUUAGCUGAGCAAUUUGCUUAGAAAUGGGAUGAGAUAUAUUCUUUUUGAGAGGAUCUGGAUGUGCAAGCCUUUGUAUGAGGAUGAAUUUCGUAGUGCUAUUGAAGAAAACUACUACAGCCCAAACAAGUUCCACUUUGGUCUGUCAUACAAGCAGGUUAUCAAGCUGAUUCACUUGUUUCAUUCUAGGAAGAUUAACAUAAACCAAUAUAAGGGACAUGGCAUACCCAACAAAAUCAUUGACAAGUUUGAGAACUCGGCUUUAGACGACUUUAGCUUAACCAAAACUGAAAAAUAUGUGGAACGCAGAUCAGAUAUUAGAGAACGAAACUACGAAGUUAGAGGGCAAUUUAAACAUAAAUUCCCAUUCGACCAGUUUGAGAACACCAAUACUGGAAGAGGAUCAAAUCAACCAGACAUGUUCCCUUCAUCCUACCCACAGAAUUCCUUUUCUGAAACCCCAAAUUCCCAGAUGUGUUCACCUUUCUUGCCUGAUGAUCGUAUCGCAUCUCGCCAUUUUUCUACUGAAAAAAAUUCUGAGAUUGAAUAUAAACCUUCACCUCCACAUUCGUCUCGAUAUAACCCCAAUUUAGAUGACAUGGAGGCACCAUAUUUGAUUCAAUCAAACCACCACUCAAGCCUAGAUAUGACUCCAAGAAUGGCCGUGAUUCAAGAAGAAAUGUCACUCACAUCAUUGCAUAACGAUUCAGGUCGUCAAAGUCGAAUUUCGCAGCAUGCUAGUGUUUCUGGAGCUCAUCCGAAACAAGUAUUUUACUGUCCCGAUUAUUUUCUAUUGGCUGAAGAAUCACAACGGGAGUGUUUCGACAGAGAAAGUCGAACUUAUCAGAGAGCUGAGGCUGAGGCUGAUGAAUAUGCUGCGGUCCAUGGUCCACUCAAUGCAGAUUCUGAUUUGGGUCUGCUCGGUGCUUUUCCUCGCUCGUCCCCAUAUCGAAACAUUCGUGAUCACGAGACUCCUGAACUAUCGAGGGCGUUAUCUCUCAACGAGUUUUUGGACAGUUUUUCGAAAAGGAUAGAUGGUUGGAGUGCCAUGGAGCUAUGGAAAAAGUCGGUGGACUGCGAUAUCAAUGAGAAGCAUGGUAGCGGAUAUCAGAAUAAGAUCACACAGCUACCAGUCCAAUUAAUUGAAAGUGGGGAAAUUGAUCAAUAUGACGACAUUAUUGACUCAGAACAUGUUGAACUCAGGGAGCCAAACAAUCAUGUUUUAGCUAAAGAGAGUUUUGAACUUCCCUUUUAUGAUUUCAGGCGGCGAAGCACCGGCCAAAAGUAUGAAGGGCGAGAUUAUUCUAAUGAAUGUGAUGAUAUAUGUGGGAACCAAGCAGAACUAAUGGAAAGUAAGAAGAGGAAAUUAGUAAGACCAUCGUUCGAAGAGAUGCAUGAAAAUCUGAAGGCAAAAGCGGGGAAAGAGAAAACUGAAGUGGAGAUGUCUUAUAUAAAGUUUUUAGACACUGAGAAUGAAAGUAAGGCUAAUAUUGUAAAUAGUUUUUUUGAUAGUAUGGUUCCAGUGUUGCAAAAUGUUCGGAAAAAAUAUGAGCCGGUAGGUGAAUCACAUGAACAGAAUAAUGCGACAUCUGUAGAUGAAUCAUUGGAUUUUAUCCCAAUUGAUUAGCAAACACAUCAAUUAUGAUUAUGGUGGCAGUAUACUCGUUGACAUGGCUAGCAUCCAUACAGUAAGUUACACCUGUGCAACUUCUAAAAAAAUUAGAACUGAAGGAACUUGUUGCAAUGAAAUAGUUCGCAUAGCUGUUCCAGAUAAAGGCAUCAAAUCCUAUACUCCGAGUCACCUGGAAUUGCAGCGGUAAGUAUGGAAUUCAAUUUUGUACAUCUAUUUUCUUUUUGGAGUCUUUUGUGGUAGACAAUAGCAAAGCUCAAACAAACCUCUUUGUGGCCUGUCUUUUAAACACUAGGCUUGUAGUCAUUUAGUGUUAGAUUGUUUCUUCUUACGUAAAGAACUUCUACAUUUUUCUUAUUUGUUA